AUGAUAAAUGGAGAAAGUAUUACGGAGUUUCUUGAUAAGAUUCCAUUAUGGUCGAAAUAUUUGCUUUUACCACUGGGGAUAUAUACUGCAAGUCGUCUUCUCAAUAUUUUGAUUCCUGGACCUCAACAUCAACGAAAGUUAGAGCUGAGUAAUCGAACCGUCUUAAUAACGGGAGCAAGUUCAGGUUUAGGUCGUGAACUUGCAAUGCAUUUUUAUAAGGCAGGUGCACGAGUGAUUUUAACUGCUAGAAGUGUUGCGAAAUUGGAAGAACUUUGUAAGGAGUUGAAGGCAUUAAAAAAUGUGGAAAAUGUAAAUGAACCUGCGUAUACAUAUCUAGACGUUUGUGAGCCGAAAGAUUUCAAUGAAAUUCUAGAGUUGUCUUCAAAUGGAAAAAUUGAUGUUCUUGUCAAUAAUGCAGGCUUAAGUAUGCGAGGUAGCUGUUCUCAAACUUCUCUGAAAGUCCAUAGACAGUUGAUGGAUGUAAAUUAUUUUGGAUGUGUCGCAGUAACCAAGGCACUUCUCAGUUAUAUUCCGGAUGAUGGUGCGAUUGUUAUUGUGAAUAGUGUGCAAGGUCGCAUUUCUGUGCCAUAUAGAUGUGCUUAUUCUGCAAGCAAACAUGCAAUACAAGCAUACUUCGACUGUCUUCGUUGUGAAGAUCGUCCGAACCUACAAGUAUUGGUGGUUAAUGCUGGUUAUAUGAAUACAGGAAUGGCCAGUCGUGCUCUAAAUGCUCAAGGCAAUGCAACUGGAGAAAACGAUGAAAAUCAGUUAAAAGGAAUGGAGCCUGAUUAUGUCGCGCAGCAAGUUAUUAAGGCUCUUGAAAAUCGUCAGAUUGAGAUCUUUUUAGCUCCUUUACAUCAUCGUUUUGGCGUUUUCCUUCGUUGGUUUUGGCCCUCUUUAUUUUUUUACCUCAAUUAUCGACGAGGAAGAAAAGAGCGCAAAGUUAAAUAA